AUGGUUCAGGACGUGUCUCACAGGGACCAGGUCCCCGCAGAUCCUUACCCAUACCCGCAUGAUGCUUCCCUGUCUCCCGAAACAACCGCCCUGGUCAUCAUUGACAUGCAACGAGACUUUUGCGAAGUGGGCGGCUAUUUCGACUGUCAAGGCUACGAUGUGGCAGAUGCCCGUGCCAUCAUCCCGGCCAUUCAAGCCCUUCUCUCUAGCGCGCGAGAAGGCUCGUUCCCAGUCUUUUUCACUCGGGAAGGUCAUAGGCCAGACCUCUCCACCUUAUCGAGUCGGGAACAUUUUCGAUCCCGCAAUAACCCUCGACAUUUGGGCAUCGGUGACAGAGGCCCAAUGGGAAGAUUCCUGGUUCGUGGAGAGAUAGGCCACGAUGUAAUCCCCGAGUUAAAGCCGUUACCCGAAGAGAUCAUUAUCGACAAACCUGGGAGGGGAGCAUUUUCUCAUACGGAUUUUGAGCAUAUCUUGCGGCUUCGUGGUAUCAGAAACUUGAUACUGACAGGUGUCACAACGGACGUCUGCGUGUCCAGUACCAUGCGCGAGGCGAAUGACCGCGGCUUUGACUGCCUCGUGCUAGAAGACGCCACGGCCGCAGCCACACCCAGGUUGCAUCGAUUUGCACUGGAUUCUGUCCAAAUGGAAGGGGGUGUCUUCGGCGCUGUGACACAGUCGGGCAAAAUAAUCGAAGCCAUGAAAACCUGGGCUUGA